AUGGAACAAACUGGCUAUAAGAUUACUUUAACCGUUUCCAGUCUCGAAGAUGGUCGUUGGGUUACACAGUAUGAUUAUGAUGGCAACAUCAACAUAAAUUGCAUACCACAUUCUCUUAUAAAUGGACAAUCCGAGGCUAUUUCUAGUGUUUCAAGUCAUUUUCUCGGUGGAAUAAAAGGUUAUCUCUUCUUUGAGAUUGGUGAUGCUAAUUCAAGCAAUUUCCUUAUCUCCUGGGAUGUUCCAACAAUCGGUUCCCCUGUAUAUUCCAGUGAUGGACUUUCUGAAGAAAAGUAUACCAUUAAGUCCCAGAGAAGCCUUAACGAUACAGUUUAUUAUGUUACAGUUGAUUCAAAAACUCAUUGGAAUAUGAUACAAGGACAACAAUCUUAUAAUCCCUUCAUAGAGCAAGGACAACAAUAA